GGUCGGCUGGCUGGCCAUGAUGGCGGCGGCGGCGGAAGCGGCUUCGGCGCCGGUGCUGCUCUCGUGCCUGCUGGGCCACUUGGGGGGCCUGCUGGUGGCGGCCGGGCAGGGCUCGGGGGCUGCGGGCCAGGCCCAGGUGGAGGUGCUUUUGCUGCCGCCGCCGGCCGAGGAGCUGCCCGAGGGCGACGGGAGCUACACCCUACAGGGCGCGCUGCUGGGCAGGCCCGGCCUGGAGAGGGAGAAGCCGCAGCAAAAAGCCGGGCAAGAGGAGGAGGAGGCGGAGAAAGAAGAGCGGGAGGAGAUCCGGGGCAGCCUGGUGCUGGUAGGGGAUACUGACCCCAAGCUGGAGGAGGAGGAUGACUGGAUUGGCGUGGUCCCAGUGGGUGAGGAACAGGCUGAGAUCCCCAGAGGGAGCAGAGAAGAAUCCUUCACCACUGCUGUGGUCAACAAGAUGAAGCGGGCUCUUGUGUUGGGUGCCUCAGCCCUGCUUAUCCUUGCACUGAACCAGAAUGCGAUCCGAGAGUUGGAUGUAUCCCAGGUUCUCUCAAAGCCUGUGAUCGUUAUCCAGACUUCGGAAAACGUUACCAAGCUCCUUGGAGCACUGCUGCGAGGUCUCCGGGCAACAGCAAAGAUCACAUACCAAGCCGUGCUACUGGAGAAUGUGGGGGUGACUUUGACCCUAUGGUCAACAUGUGGACUCUCCCGGGGUGGCCUGUAUGGAGAAUGGCAGGGAGUAAUCUGUACAGGAGAGAACAGCUCAAGAGUCCAGAAGUACCUCCAGCAGCUGUGGAACGCCAUCCUGCUGAUUGCUCUGAUCCUGUGCACAGGAGUGAUUGUGCAGGCCCAACGGCAGUCCCGGCAAAGCCAGCUGGACCAAGACUCUGAGCUGGACCUGAAGCGGCAUGUUACGCAGAGGCUGUCAGCACUGAAAACCAGGCGGUACCACCCUGGCAAGCUGCCUCGGAGCUGGGCUCAUGAGAUUGACAGCUGUGCCAUCUGUCUGGACCAGUUUCACAAGAACCAGUGUCUUCGAGUGCUGCCCUGCUUGCACGAAUUUCACCGGGAUUGUGUGGAUCCAUGGCUCCUCUUGCAGCAGACAUGCCCCCUCUGCAAACACAACAUUCUGGGAAACUGCUGCGAGGAUAGCUAGCAACGCUGCAGCCCAUGCUUGAGGAUGGAUUUGCCUGUGCUCCACGAAAAGGCAAGGCGGGAGGCAGUGAGAAUUUAGAACCUGGAGCCUUUUGGCUUGGUGGCUGCUCAGGGCAGGAAGGCAGCAACACUCUUAGCACUUUGCGCUUCCUCAAGAUGGGAAAUGUAUGUAUGUAAAGUAACGUGUUCAUCUGUUCUUGGACCCCAUUAUUUGUCUUCACUCUGGACUGAAUUCAUUGCCCUUUUGGUGUGCCCAGUGGUAUAUCCAGAUGGCAUGAAUCCUACUGUGUCAACAGGCAUAGCCUUUGGUCUCCCCCCUUAAAGGAAAUGCGGCAUGGGAUGCUGCUUUUAUCUUCACAGUCCCUUUACUUGGACAACUUGUGCAACGGAAGGGUUCCUAAUGGGAGGGUCCCAUGCUGGAGAGGGGUGGGUGGGUCAGACAGCUUACCAAUGCUUGCUAAUUUAUACUAACUUAUUGAAGAAUGGCCUGGCCGUAUCUGCGGGGCUGAGCAAUAUUGUGGAGGUGCUGAAAACCCAGCCCCAAUAGGGUUGCAGGACUCAAGGCACCACUUGGGCACGUAAAGCCCUUCUACUAAUAAAAACCAAGCAAGGAACAAUGUGUGCUAUUCUUUAUAUCCUCCCGCCCUUGUAUUGCCUCUUCCC